CCUAGCCAGAACAGUUUUGGAAGCUGGUACCGAUCGAGGGAUAAACAGGAUCAGUUUGUCUGUGAAAGUUUCUUUGGGCAGGACACAAUUGCAACACACCAAAAUGAUACAACCAGAAGAUAAUUUGCAUAAAGUUUUGAAUCCAAAUCAGCGACAAAUACUCGAAGAUGAACGGCGUAUGAUAAAGAAAAUAAAGUUAUUGAAUGAAGAACAUGGAUCUGCCUCAAAGACUUUUCUCAGGACACAAGAACAUGAAGAAGACCCAGAUCUUCUCGAUUACCAUGACAGCUUCUACAAAACCACCAAGAGUCUGCUUGUGCUCUUUCAGAUCAUGGGCAUAAUGCCCAUCAUGCGAAGUCCUCCGGGAUCCCAGUUACCACGAACUACCUUUAAUUGGGGAUCCAAAGCAUUUAUUUGGGCGUAUUUUAUUUACGGGCUGGAAACCGUUGUCGUUGUAUGGGUUGGACGUGAACGUAUCGCAAGCUUCAUUUCAACAACGGAUAAACGCUUUGACGAGGUGAUCUACAAUGUUAUCUUCAUGAGUAUACUUCUUCCGCAUUUUCUAUUACCAGUUGCCUCCUGGCGAAAUGGAGCUGAAGUGGCCAAGUUCAAAAAUAUGUGGACUCACUAUCAACUUCAAUAUCUUCGUGUGACCGGUACUCCCAUUCUCUUUCCCAGCCUCUAUCCACUCACCUGGGCCUUAUGUUUUGUGUCCUGGGGCCUCAGUGUGGUCGUCAUUCUCGCGCAGUAUUACCUUCAGCCAGAUUUUCAGUUCAGUCACACUUUUGCCUACUACCACAUCAUCGCUAUGCUCAAUGGCUUCUGCAGUUUAUGGUACAUCAACUGCACGGCCUUUGGGAUGGCGAGUCGUGCCUUGGCCAAGCACCUAAUUGAGACAUUGAAGAGCGAAAAGCCUUCUGAGAAGCUCACUGAGUAUAGGCACCUUUGGGUAGAUCUGAGCCAUCAAAUGCAACAACUGGGUCGUGCAUACUCCAAUAUGUACGGUAUCUACUGUCUCGUCAUCUUUUUCACCACAAUUAUCGCAACGUAUGGAGCUCUCAGUGAAAUCUUGGAUCGCGGAGGGACUUUCAAGGAACUAGGGCUUUUUGUGAUUAUGGCUUAUUGCAUGACUCUACUCUUUAUCAUCUGCAAUGAAGCCCACGCAGCUACGAAAAGUGUAGGAUUGGACUUUCAGGAUGUACUGUUCAAUGUGAACUUAACAGCUGUGGAUAACGACACUCAGCGAGAGAUAGAAAUGUUCCUCGUAGCUAUUGCAAAAAAUCCGCCCACGAUGAAUUUGGACGGAUUUGCCAACAUCAAUCGGGAACUCAUUACCUCCAAUAUUUCCUUCAUGGCCACGUAUUUGGUAGUGUUAAUGCAGUUCAAGCUUACGCUCUUACGACAAGCCGCUCGAGCAAAUUUCCUCAAUGCUCUUAAGAAUAAUGGGACAUUGCGAAGGGUGUAAUGUAAAAUGAAUAGCAUUAAAAAAAAUCAUGUUUUAUUAACAUACAACUUUAGAAAACCUUCUUUUUCACUUGCAGGAAUUAAGAAUUAAAAAGUAAAGGAUAUCGAUCAGUAUGUGAAAUUAUCAAUCCUUGAACUAAAUGUAAUUUAUAGAGCUGCAAACAUUACCAUUUCAGGUAUUUAAUUAUUGGUAGUCUCAAGAAGGAGGGAGGUAAUUAUUUAAAAUAAAAAUAAA